AUGGCGGGGAGCUUCCGCGAGGGCGCGGGGCCGGGGGACGCCCACGCGCCCCCGCCCCCGCCCACCCCGCCCCUCUCGCAGUUCCUCGCGCUCGACUCGCUCCCCUCCUGGGGCUCCGACCCCAAGCAGCCGCACUGGCGCCAGCCCGAGCUCCGCCGCGCGCUCGCCUCCGACGACCAGGCCGACGAGCUCAGGCGGAUCCGCGCCAGCGUCCAGGACUCCGCGGGCAAGGCCAAGGAGAAGGCCAGGUCGCUGCACGAGGCCAUCCAGAAGCUCGACAAGUACAAGAACAUUGUCACCCGCAAGCGCCAGCGCGCCACCGACGCGUCGUCCGCGCCCGACAAGCUCGGGCCCGCCGGCCCCUCCUCCUCGUCCUCGGGCGCGCUCAGGAUGGGCGCGCAGAACAACUCUUCUGUCUUGAGCAAGCGCGUGCGCUCCUCGCUUGCCGAUGCCCGGGUGGAAGGACGUGGUAGUGUUCCUACAAGGCAAGGCCCUUUGGUUAGUAAUGAGAAAAAUUCACCCGUGGAGAAGGAAAAGAGCAGUACAAGAAUAUCUGCUACAGUCUCUGGGCUUUCUGAUGACAAAUUGCGGGGUUUAUCUACUGGCAGUGAAGGGUGGGAAAAAAAGAUGAAGCGUAAGCGCUCUGUUGGAACAAUGCUCAGCAGAGGCAGUGAUGCCGAUCGAGAUGUCAAAUCCGUGGGUCAGCAUAGACCAGCCAACGAAGUACGCCCACGAUCUAGUGAUGGCCUUGGAUAUAGACAUGGAGUUUCUGCUGGAGCACUAGCAGGUAACAAGUUGGAUAGCACUUCUCAGCAGAAUAACAUUGUAUCCCGCAUUCUGUCCAAGUCAGAUGUCGACUAUGUGUCUCAGCCAAAUGAAAGAAGAGAACGUCAUGCUGGAGUUGAAAAAGAAAGGACUACAGUAAAAGGAAACAAGGCAAAUACUUCUGAUGAUAUGCAAAACGGAAGCUUAAGCCCCCUGCCCAAGGCUAAAGCUUGCAGGGCACCAAGAACCAGUUCACUUGCUAUGAACUCGUCUUCUAAUUUCCAACGUUCAACCGGAGGAAGUGAUGAAUGGGAAGAAGCACCUUACCCAAAUAAAGCCUCACCUUUGGGAGGCAUGACAAAUCGCAAACGUUCCACACAUUCAAAUGCUUCCUCACCUCCUAUUGCCUGGGUUGGGCAACGCCCACAGAAGAUGUCACGGACAAGAAGAGCAAAUGUUGUUUCUCCAGUGUCAAAUUUUGAUGAAGCGUUAUCUGAAGGAUCACCACUUGACACUGCCACUAGAUCAGCACCUAUAGAGUCUGGCAGUGUCUUGCUGACAAAGAACACAUCAACAAGCAAAAUGGAUAGCAUCUCAUCUCCUGCUGGGUUGUCAGAAAGUGAGGGAUCGGCUGUGACUGAAAGCAAGUCCAAGGAGAAAGCCAUGCAUAGUGGUGAAGUGGGGAACGAGGGUGCAAAUACAGCCCAUAAUGCAAUGGGAUUGAUAUUUUCGUCAAAUAAAAAUAGGAUUCCUUUGAAAGAAGAGCUGGAAGAUGGUGAAACAAGAAAGCCAAUAAAAGGUGGAAGACCUGGAUCUGAAAAGAAUGAGAGUAAGUUGGGGCGGCCACCAAUGAAAAAAGGCUCUGACCGCAAAGCUUCAUCCUGGCAUUCACAGGCUCUAAAUAGUGAUAUUACAGACAUAACAGGUGAACCAGAAGAUGACCAAGAGGAGCUUUUAGCUGCUGUUAAUGCUGCUCGCAGCGCUAUUGUUAGUGCCUAUGCUGGCCCUUUUUGGAAGAAAAUGGAACCCAUGCUAACUUUUAUGAGCUCAGAAAAUUUAUCUUUCUUAAAAAACCAGAUCAACCUUGUUGAAGAGCUUGAGAUGAGCAUGUCCUGCAUGUCUGAUAGUGAACAUGAUAUUGUAGCAUCAGUUGAUCACAAAAGAAUGUCAAAGAUGGAGGAGCAUUCAUCUCAGGGAUUGGCUCCAUCUAAUUUUUCUCCCUCAUCCCAGCAAAGUAAAACUAAUGGAGUCGGAGCAAAAGGAUCUAUCGGCUGUUUUUCUCAUGGGCCACAAAAGCUGGAAGCUGAUAAAUGGUUUAAUGAAAUGGCUCCAAUGGCACACAGACUCCUUUCGGCUUUAAUUAUGGAAGAUGACUUACCUGAUUCCAAUGGGGUGCAAAGAGAUAUACUUGUUGAAUUUCCAAAUAGCCACAACCCUUACACUGUCAACAGAUACUUAGAAAAUGAACUUCAAGCUAGUGCCAUAACAUCUAAUUUUGGGCUGAGUGUGGAUUUUGUGCACUCAAACAGUACUUCUGUGGUACAUCAGAGCAUGUGCAAUGGUUUUACAGCUUCGAGCAAUUUCAUCAAUUCAAACAGUGAAAAUUCGGUUCAUAGUGAGAAUUUAUCAGAUGGACUCAAUUUUACAGUAUACCCAGAAAGUGGCCCUUUACAUGACUUGAUACCACCGAUUCCACGGCAAUGUCAAAAUCCAGGGAAAGAUUUCCCUUUAUCUCCGUAUGACUAUCAAUAUGGGCAGAUGUCUGUCGAAGAUAAGAUUUUAAUUGAGCUGCAAAGUAUUGGCAUUUAUCCAGAGACAGUGCCGAAGCUAGAUGACGGAGAAGAUGAGGACAUUAAUAAAAUGAUUUCAGAGUUGAGGAAAAGGCUGCAUGAUCAGGUGAACCAAAAGAAAUGCAGAUUACAUAAGCUAGAUAAAUCAAUUCAAGAUACAAAGAAUAUUGAGGAGAGGAGCUUGGAGCAACAUGCUAUGAACAAACUGGUUGAAAGGGCAUACAGAAAACUCAAGGGUGGGCGGAUUGGCUCUAGUCACAAGGCUGGUGUCAGUAAAUCUGCCAAUAAAGCUGCAAAGCAGCUUGCUUUGGCUUUUGCCAAGCGUACUCUUGUUCGAUGCCACAAAUUUGAUGAAACAGGGAAAAGCUGCUUCAGUGAGCCUUCUCUUUGGAGUGUGCUGUCUGUACCCUUGCCAAGCAGUGAUGCAAAAUCCACAGAGGGUGUAGAGAGGCUGAAGCAUCAAAAGCUUGACAGAACUCCAUUCGAUCAAGAAAACUACCUCCUGUUUGACCAAGCGCCAUUCAUCAGGCGGCAGCGGGAGGAGCGGCGGCGCAAAAAACAAGACAAAGCGAAGCAAAAGCUGGCGCAGCUAUCAACUUCUGGAAACGUGCUGGGUAGAGUGGUUGAGCCAUUUUCAUCUCCGACAGUGCAAGAGCCGCCUGAACCUGCAAGCGAGAAAAAGACCCAGCAUCCAACAAAUUCGCAUCCAACUAGGAAUACUUCCAGCAACGCCAACCAGCGACUUACCGCGGAUGCUGGACUGCCAGUGUUGCCUGGAUUAGAUGACAUAUUGGACGUCCCUGAAGGGCUUGACGGGCAGGGCAACGAUAUCAGCUCGUGGUUUACGGAUGGCCUUGACGACUCGUUGCAAGACAUUGAUCUUUCAGGCGCCCUGGAAAUCCCAGACGAUGACCUCACCCAGCUGGGAUUUAUAUAA